UUCUUUAAAUGCCGCAGUCUUAGCGAAGUGCAUAUUAAGAGAUUAAAAAAAUACUUCUGUAUUCGCCGCAAAUCAGGCGGUGGAGACUGCGGACCUCUCAUGAGCGUGGACGACGGAGUCUACAGAAUUGCUUUCAAAAAUCAAAGAGAUCAGCAGGCAGUCCUUCAGAAAUCAGAGCAUGUUUUGGAGCUGGAAGAUGGUUGUUUGGCGUUUACUGUCCGAGACAGCCUGGAAAUUUACACCUCCUCUCACAUCACCACCCCCACAGCUCCAGCAGAGAUUCCAGAGCACAUUCCAACCUCGUCUCCUCUACCAAGUGGUGAAGAAUAUGAACUACACCAAGGGACAGAUACAGGAAGCAGCACACUGAGUGAUUUUAGUUUCCAGCUGAAUGCACCUGAAGAAGAUUCACCAAGAGGAGCAGCUGCUGGAGCUCCUGGAGCUGCUGGAGCUCCUGGAGGCGGUGUCCACGUAGAGAUUAUUCAGGGAUCAAUCGAGACCCAGCAGGUGGAUGCUCUGGUAUCUCCUAUGGUCGGCCAUCAUCCUCUCUCUACCCGUGUUGGAAACGCUUUGUUUGAAAUAGUUGGAUCCCAGCUGACCACAAGAUUUAAAAGGGAAGCAGAAAAUGAACCAAUACCUGGUGACUCAGUACUGGUGGAGGGCUUGCCUGGACUUCAGUCUAAUGCAGUCUUCUUCCUCAGUCUUGCUCCCUUCAAUAGUGACCCAGAUGGAGUUCCAGUAGAGAUUCUUCGAAUGGGCAUCAACCAAAUCCUAUCUUCCUGUGACAAGAAAGGGUUCAGAUCUGUCGCUCUUCCUGUCCUCGGUGCUGGGGUCGCCCUGCAGUUUCCUGUCAGUGUGGUGGAGAGGGUGUUAAGGGAGGCAGUUCAUGACUUUGAACAGGAGCGAGCUGGCAGCACACCACUCCUGAUCCGCAUUGUCAUUCAUCCCAGUGAUGAAGAGUCAAGUGAGGUGUUUGAGUCUGUCCAAAAUGGCAAAUUGACCGAAGAUGUUCGUCAAAAAGUCCAAGAUCAAGAUUCAACAAUGAGGAUGGUCAUUCUGGGAAAAACUGGAUCUGGGAAAAGUCACCUGGCUAACACCAUUUUUGGAGAGGAGCUCUUUGCUACAGAUCACUCUCCCAACUCUGGAACAAGUAAAUGCCAAGCAGAAACCAAAACAGUCAAUGGCAGGAGCGUCACUCUGAUCGACACCCCCGGUUUCUUCGACACAAAAAGGUCUGAGGAAGAUUUGAAGGCUGAGAUACUGAGGUGCAUGACAGAGUGCGCUCCCGGGCCUCAUGCUUUUCUCAUUGUGCUUCGAGUGGAUAAAUUCACAGAGCAGGAGCAGGCCGUCAUCACUAAAAUAUGUCAGUCUUUCACAGAUGAGGCUCUAAAAUAUGCUGUAGUUGUCUUCACUCACGGUGAGCAGCUCCCCAAAAGAAUAAAAAUUGAAGAGUUUGUCCGUCAGAAUAAGAAUCUGAAUGAUCUGGUGUUGAAGUGUGGCGGUCGGUGCCACGUCUUUGACAACAAACACUGGAACAACAAACAGCCGAAUAACUACAGGAGCAACCAGUUCCAGCUGGAGGAGUUACUGAAAACAGUAGAGAAAAUGGUGGCAGAAAAAAACGGAGGUUACUACACAAAUAAAAUGCUGCAACGUGUGGAGAAAGAAAUACAAGAACAGGCAGAAAACAUUAGACACUCAUCACCAGACAAGACCCCAGAGGAGAUCAGAAACCAGGCGAAAACCGAUGUGUGUAACAGGUUUCUGAUCCAAAUGGCAGGGAUUGCAACAGGAGCUUUGUUAGGUGUUUUUUUUGGUGUGGUAACAUUGGCUGAAUUUGCUAUCAAAGCUGUGAAGAAACCACAAUUAGUGAAUGCCACAAAACAGUUAGCAGCAUUAGCACGUGUCCCUGUAGCUGCACCCAAAGGAGAUACAGCACUGAUAGCUGCUGGAGUAGUAGGUUUGGCUGCAGCAGCAAGUGGAGGAGUGAUGGGAGGCGUCAUUGGAAAUGACACAGCUAAAGAUGCAAAAUCACCUGCAGAAGCUGUACAGAGAACAUAUGAAGCUGUACUGAAGAAAAGAAAAUCUGUUUCUGAUUCUAUGUAA